GCAGGAUGAGGAGGGCCUGGCUCCGGGGGCUGCUGUGGGUGCUCUUGGUCUCAGAGCGCCAAGCUGCAGCUGAAUCAUCUCAUGUAGAACAGUAUAAACGGGCAGAGGGAGAGACCCUGGAGGUGAAGUGUCCCUUCGGGUCCGAUAAAUAUGCCUACAGCAAGAAGGCUUGGCAGAGGCUGAUAGACGGAGGGGAGCCACUGACCCUGGCACUCAUAGAGAAGCCCUCGGGGAAGCCCAUUCAAGUCCAAGCGGGGAGGAUCACGCUAGAAGAAAUCCCUGAUGAUUUCUUACUCCACGUACAAAUGACAAACCUUCAAGCAGAAGACUCGGGACUGUAUCAGUGUGUGGUCUACCACCCUCCCGUUGUCCCUAAAAUGCUGUUCUAUCCUGUCCGCCUGGUGGUGACCAAGGGUAUUACUGCCUCCAGCAAGAAUCCUACUCAGAACUUGCCUGAGAUUACCACAGUUCCUCUUACUACCACCAAGGCCUUGAGCCUACCAUAUACCAGCUCCAGCACCAUGACCCAAGCUCCAUUCAGUUCAACUGCUGUCGUCUCCACUCCUGGCCCUGGAAUCAACCUUCAAAAUGUGACAAAUGUCACCAGGGUCUCUGUGUUCAGCAUUGUCGUCCCCGUGGCCUGUGGACUCCUGACUAAGAGCCUGGUCUUCACCGUCUUGCUUGCUGUCACCCAGAAGUCAUUUUGACUGUAGAUCCAUGAACCCAUGAGAAUGACCUCUGACCUCCAGCCACAACCAUCUGGCAGUUGUGCUGGGAGAGGAGUGGAGGGUGGAGGGAGAAAAACUGGGUGUAUGUUGUUAAUGACAUGAAUUUUAUCUGUGAUCACUGGCUGUUUCUAAGGUCAGGAUCCCACCUCCCUGGCCCUGCCGAUUCCCCUCAUUUCACUAAUAACCUCGGGUGUGCACUUCACCCUCUCAGAAGAGAAGGUGCAGCCCCGAACAUGCCCUUCCUCCCACAGGCGGCUUGGGGCUUGCGUGAACUAUAGACAGUCCAGUGCUUUUCACUGCUGCUCUCCUGUGGCGGUCGUGGGGCACAGAGGGCACACCUGAUAUUUCUCUGGCUCGUCCUCGCCCAGGAACAUACAAUAUCGGCCUGACCUGGGCAGAGCUCCCGCUACAGGAGCAUCCCACUCGCCCCACCACCGGGACUUCCUCUCUCUAGCCUCAGAUGCUUGUGCAUCACUCUUCAUACAUGGCGCUUUCCAACACUCCCAGAAAAGGGCGUUGAAGACCAUGCACUGUGGGGAAAACAAGAUACCAUAGCACGAAUUGCAUAUUUGGGAAAGAGAAAACAAGUUAAGUGGAAUACCCUGUCCUGGGAAAAUACUGGCAGGAGGAGAUGGGAUCUGUAGGAAAGCAUCGGUAGACGAUAUCGGGUGUGCUUUGUGCAUUUUUAUCUCUGGAUCCUGCAAAUAAUUCCAUGAAGGCGGAGAUGCAUGUGACUAGAACGAAGCCACAUGAACGAUGUCACCACUUACUGGCAGGAACGCAAACUAAAGAGCUCCUUUACUGAAGGACCCCAAAGCCAUACAGAAUAGAACAACCUGGAGUUCUGCCUAUGUCUAAAUGCCUCUCUUCCUGUAUUUCACAGGGGGCAGGGAGGGUGGGGUGACAAACUCUCUCCACUGAAGCUCCUGAAGGCUGUCCCCACGUGCUCGCCCCAUUCCUCACUCUGCCUUCCUCCUCCUCAGUGGAGCUCCCCCUUGUAGCUCCCGUCCCCGCUCCAGUGCCCUUACCCAAGAAAUAGCGCCCAGCCCUACCUGUGUCAUGUGAUCUCUAACAGAUUUCAAUCAAGGUUUUGCUAUUUCCUAUCUCUGUGGGCUCUAAAGGGAAAGGGCAUCGUGGGGUUUGGGGGAAGGAUGGUGGGUCCGUCCGUUCCAAUUUAGCAAUGGCCAAGGCCAAUGUCAUCCUAAAUUCCCCAAGAGCAGUCACACUUUCCCACACAUUCAAUCCGUCUGACGUUUGGAAAACACAUUCCUACAAUCAGCACAAAGGGCGGAAAAAAUACCCUGAGCACUAAGGCCCAGUUUCCCUCUUUCUGAGCCCGCUUCCGUCACGUAAGGGCUUCCCCAUCAACCUGAACACUGCUCUGUGAGCACCUGCCCAGGUGCUGGCACUAACCCAGGGAGGUUAUUUCUGAACCCACCAGUUUUGAGUCCAUUAGAAGAUGUGUGAGGGGCAUUUAAAUCAUCCUGAUUCUCUGGUGAGACUCUUCAGAGAAGCACUUGACCCAGAAGCUGUCGAUCCGUCUAGAAGAACCAAGCGGCUCAGAGGCAGUGGCUACACAGCACACAGUGUUUGCAUGCCAAGGCUGCUGGUCUGGGACCUGCCCUUUAGCAAUUCCAGUUGCUCCUGUUUAUAAAUUUGACAAAAUAUCCAAGGCAAGGGGGUACUAUAAUUAAAUACUCUCUAGGAGAGUCGGAACACACGAGGGUGGUGUUUCUCAAAGUGUAGUCUUUAGACCACCUGGGUCAGAUCCUCCUGGAGCAUAAAACAAAUUCUUAGAUCCCAGGGCCCCUCCAGACCAACUGCAUUCUAGCGUACGGCCCUCUCUUAGUGUGUGGUGCUCAAGCUUGUGUCCAAGAAGUCAUCAUGCUCCUUAGCAAAGCCCAUGACAUGUUCAUGCAGAUAACCAACCUGGUCUGGUGUGCUCAUAUGUUAAAUUUAGUUAUAGAUAAAGUGGUAUGUAAGUCCAAUGUAUUAAACUUGCCUGAAAAAUUAUAUAUGCUAAAUUGGAAGAGAAAUGGUUGUGCCGGAUGCUCUCCCGUUUGCGCCUGCAGGCCAUCCUUCCUGCCCUGCCUGGGAACCCGCCCAACGUGGCUAAAUCAACAGCCCCCUGGCCACCAGCUUCUGGUGGGUUGAGCCAAUGGGCAGCAAGACAGAAGAGCAGAGGGUGGGGAGAGUGAGGUCAGGGUUUCUAUGCUUGGGGUUCCCUCUCUGGUGGUGGCAGGAGUGGCUGCAUUCCUCUCCGAAGGCUCCGCCAAGCCCCUCACCAAACAGCUCUUAUCUCUAAGUUCGGCCACCUGCGCCAUCCUCUUGCUCCUGCAGGCCCAGAGGUGGCAAUGACUCGCCACUGUUGCCAGCCUCAGUGUACUGAAGCACCCCUUACUAGUUCCCCCAAAUGCUACCACAUCUUUAUUAAACACUCCUUA